AUGCCCCUUGGCGUCAGCGUAAACAGGCCGCAAGUGACUCAGGGCCACAAGCCUCGCCUAGUUGUCACCAUAAGAGAGCUGCAUGGUGGUCAUCCUGUGUUCGCCCGUGCUAGCUGCACAGGAAGGAAGUUACUGUUCACCACCAAGGAGGCCCCGCAGCCCCGACCCGCCUCUGCCUCCCCUUCACCUUCCCCCACCCACGAGCCACCUUUACCUACCAUCGAAGAAACGCAGGAGAAUCUGAAAAGGCAGCUCAAGCGGCCACCUGCCCCAGGCCAGCAAGCUCAUCGCCUCCGUGUCGGGAGAAAAGCUGCACCACAGCCGGAGCCUCAGGGCAUUCCCAACGCCCAAAGCUGCGUAAUUCUGGCAGAUCCCUCCCAGCAUCUGAGCUUCAGAGAUUGUGCUGAAGCAUUCCUUGCUACUGAGUCCGAGUCGCCUCGGUACAUUUUCGGGUUUGAUACGCGCGCUCCGCCUGAAGAGAAGGUCAAAGUCCAAGCUGAUCUCCUUGAAGAGGGCCGCGACUGCGACAUGCUCAAACUUGAUGAUGACCUCACCCCGCUUGAGCUUGAAGGGAUCUUCAAGUAUCUAGAGCGAGAAGAGCAGAUGGAACGAUGGAUUGACGAGUCGGAAGAAGCCGAGACAGGCCCGCCGCGUCACGAUUAUCCCCAAUUCGUGCUGCUCCGCGACAUUCAUGGCGAGUGGCCGUCGCAUCUGGACGAAAUCAAACUUGGUCUCCAGGACUUGCAAAACAAGGGCUCGCACGGCAAAUCGCAAGCAGGCCUUUCACAUCCUCUUUUAGGUUACCUUCCACCCGAAGAUUUCCAUCUCCAAUACAGCACGUUGAGAAAACGCCGACAUCCAGACGGGCGCCGUCGUGUUCAGGUUCGAGCUCGAGUUCCCAGGCCAGGCGAGUUUGCUGGACGAGAGGAAUACGUUCCGCAGAGAAUUCUUCGAUUUCUCCUCCCUGCCGCCUUCAAAGCUGUUGCGCUACCGAAUCCCCCAGCUUGGACUCGAACAGUUGUCCAAGGCUCAUAUUGGCUGGAAGGGUUCGACAUGGCAGAGAACGCGCCGCCGGCCGCCAGCGGCAACGGCGAGUCCGUGGAUCGCGCCAAAGAGAUGCCUGAGUACGAAAAGGAGAAGCAGAAGGUCAGAGAGGCCAUCGCUCAGAAGAACCAUCUCGUGCGCAACUUGGCCCUCGUCGAGGCUAGAAUCACCGACCUUGAGGGAAAGUACAUUGAGAGUACCCCGAGCGGCAACAUUCUCACCGGCUUCGACAAUUACACCAAAGGCAUUACGGGUGCUGCAGCUCAGCGACGCAAGGCUGGAACCGCGGAGCAGAAUCGCGUCUUCUCGCGAUCCUCCAUCUCGUACAAUCAAGACGCGGCGACUCCCGCCUCUGGAGCCACCACACCUGGCGCGCCGACUCCUCUUUCCGCCACGUUCGCGAACAAGGACAAAGACAGUGGCCCUGCCAAUGCGCCCACUCCCGGGUCCGUUACCGAUAAGAAAGGCGGUGCGAGUAAGAAACGCAAGGAGAAGGAGAAGGCCACCACCAACGAAGACAGCGAGACCGAUUCGCGCGAAAUCAAGAAAAUCCGUACCAACUUUGGGGCCACCCGCAAGUAA